AUGGUGAAGGAGGAAUGGAGAGGGUUGGAAGAGCUACAAUUCACAGAUAAAUUGAAGGCGCUAACAGAACCACUGAGAAGAUGGCAUAAGGCAAAUUUUGGUGACAUGGAUAAGAAGAUUAUAAAGUUUGAGGAAGAGAUCAAGAGGAUUGAUGAUAUGGUCAGCAAUGGAGUAUAUGAUGGAACAUUGGAGGCUAGAAGAAAGGAGUUGGUUAAGUGCUAUGAGCGAUGGUAUGUGAGGAAAGAAGUACAUUGGAAGCAGCUGUCGCAGUCUUGGCACGUGAAUGAUAUGGACAAAAAUACAAGAUACUUCCACAAUAUAGCUUCAGCAAGAAGGCGGAACAAUAGGAUUAAUACUCUGGUUAUCAACGGCAAGUUGGUUCGGAAUCAGGCUAAAAUAAAGGUUGCUAUCAGAGAGUUUUAUAAGGACUUAUAUCAUCAAGAAGACUCUCCUAUUAUGGGUUUCAGAGAUGGUCUGGUGGUUCAAAUAAGUGAGGAGGAUGCUAUGGCUCUAGAAGUGAUGCCGUCGGCAGAGGAGAUCAGAGAGGCCGUGUGGGACUGUGAGUCCUCCAAGGCGCCAGGGUGUGACGGAUACAACAUGAACUUCAUCAAGCGAUGUUGGGAUGAGAUUGAUUCUGAAUUCACAGUUGCAGUGAUGGGGUUUUUCCAGACGGCCAGGUUACCGACAGAUGCCAAUAUCACUUGGGUGGCGCUGGCACCUAAAUUCAUAGGUGCGAAGGAGAUUAAAGACUUGCGACCUAUCAGUAUGGUUAUUUCGAAGGUGCUAGUUAGGAGGAUGAGAUCAGUGAUUCCAGCAUUAGUAGGAGAGACUCAGAGUACAUUUGUACAAGAAAGGAAAAUCCAUGAUGGGGCGCUUAUUGCAUGUAAAACUGUUAGUUGGCUUAAACUGAGGAAAAAAGAGGCUGCCUUAAUCAAGCUUGACUUCCAAAAGGCAUAUGACAGGGUUAAGUGGAGCUUUGUGAACAUUGUGCUGCAGAAGAUGGGAUUUGGGCAUAAAUAG